UAAGGUCUCCUUCUCCCCACCCUCUCAGCUACGCUGCCAUAGACGUGCCUAUGCCGUCUGGCGUAAAACGCCGCCCAGUCACUUUGUCGAUUCUGUCCAUCUGAGACAAGCACCGGGCCAGUCGGUGUUGCCACCGCCGCCGCCACCGCCGGUCUUCGUCAAGCAGCGCCUCUCGCAGACUCCGCCACCUGUGGCGCCGGUCGUGUCUUCUGCUCGUCCGUCGCCAACUUUGGCGCCACCUCUGCCUCCACCUCCGCCUCCCGUCGGCCUGCCUCCUCUGCCCGGGAGUCCCCGAACCAACUCAACCUCGUCCAGACGCAUGGCCCUCCUGCUACAGGCCAGUCGGGACCACUUGCAUACCCAAACCGUCUCCAUGGACACCGUCAGCAGCGUGAUAUACGCCAGUUGCCAUUCGGACAGUACAACCGAAGCGGCCAGACUCCUCGACGUCGGCGUUCUGACAUGUCAAUCGGAGGCUGAGCCUGACACUACCUCAUCCGGCUGGACUCUACCCGCCUUGACAACUGGCGAGCCGAUGGUCGAGAGGGACGGACGCAGGCUGUUGCCCGCUUGUGUCGUCUGCCUCCACGAGAUGCAGGCCAUGGAGGUUAGGAUCAGCGUAACCGUUUGUCCGGACUCAUGGGAAUCACCUUGUACCUGUCCGCUAGCCUUAAAGAACCAUUUUGGUCGGUCUGGUCGGCAAACGAGCCAUCGUUUUAGGUUUGGUCAAAAGACGAUAGAGUGA